AUGUUCAGGGGAAGGGGCGUAGCCCUUUCAACCGCCGCCUUUGUGAAAGCCCGCAGGCGACACAACACCCCCGCCUUCCACCCCCUCCUCCUGGCCCCCCCCUCCUCUCCUUCCCGCUCCCCUCUCCCCUUCCCUCUCUUCUCCCCCUCCCAUCUCCCCUCUUCCCCCCCUCCCCCUCCCCUCUCCCCUCCCAUGCUCUCCAAGAAUAAUGAACCAGAGGAGCACGCGCGCAUCUUUUUCGCACUGCCACACUGCGUGUUGCGAACACUCACCGCUUCAUACCGCGCGACCCGCAUACCCAAUCCGCCCUCUCCCAUUUACCCCGGCUGGGGCCUCCUGUGGGCAAGGAGUGGGCGGGGAGUGUCCCGCUAUGUUGGUGUUACUUUGAGAGAGUUCAAAAGUAGCACCAACAUGGCUGCGCUUCCUGUGAACAAGGAGUGGGCAGGGCGGGCGUGUCCCUGCCACAUCCCUGCACCUCGCUCCGUGCCUGUAGGGACAUAG